AUGUGUGUUGCAUAUUUCAAUCAACCAAAUCAAGGAAGAAAUUGGACUGAAAUUAUUCUUCUCAUUAUUGAAGUUUUCACAUUCAUUUUAUUCUUCAUAUCGUUUUUCUCCUUAUGGUGGACUCCACUACCCUACAUUCUUUUGGCUAUAUUCCUCAUUUUGGUGAUUGUUAGUUUUAUUUUAUAUUUUGUUGAAGGGUACAACUAUCCACGUGGGAACCAAUGGAAGAGCCUAGGACGCGGUGAUAUUGCCUUGGUAACUGGAGGAUCAAGUGGAUUAGGUUUGGAGAUUGUUAAAUCAUUCUUGAUGCGUGAUGUUACGGUGUAUGUACUUGAUCGAAAUCCCGUUCCAUUGAAAUUAGCCGAGGAAUCAAAGCUUCAUUAUAUUGCUUGUGAUCUAGGAGAUGAAUGUGAAUUAAAGGAUAAGUUAAACAAAUUGGUUCAUGAGUUGAAUGAACAGAAACAGUAUAUUAGUGUUCUUGUGAACAAUGCCGGGGUCAGAGAUCAUCGAUCGUUAGUGAAUUUAAGUUUUGAUAAAGUCAAGGCCAUGUUUAAUAUCAAUACCAUACUGCAGGUUUACAUAUUACAAAAAAUAAUAUCCAAUCAUUUAUCGUAUAAUGGAAAUGGUAAAUUGUCUAUCGUUACAGUGUCCUCCAUAUUGGGCACUUUUGCACCAAAGAAUUUAUCAAUUUAUUCAGCAACAAAAGCAUCACAAAUCAUGUUGCAUGAGUCAUUACAACAAGAAUUGAAACAGUUUCCCAAGAUUAGAUUGUUAUUGGUGACUACUGGACAAAUGAAUACGGAAUUGUUUAAAGAUGUGAAACCCACUAAGCAAUUUAUUGCACCCGUGGUAGAUCAUGUUGAAUUGGCUCAAAAAAUCACAAAGAGGGUUGAUAGAGGGUAUAUGGGUUGUUUGGCAGCACCAAUGUAUGCGAAUUUUCUUCCAGGAAUAAGAACAGCACCAUUGUUUGUGCAGGACUUCUGUAGAUGGGUGAGUGAGAUCGAUGAUAAGGUCAAGGACAUUAUUUAG